AUGGUUUUUUCAAUUAAUCAACAAGUUGUUUUUGGUGAGAGUUACUUCAGGACGCUGCGAGCAGCAGGAGUGAGGGACUUUGUUCACAGAAAAGCACAGCUGGGCUUGGAAGGAACCUCUGGAGAUCAUCCUGGCCAACCCUUCUGCCAAAGCAGGGUCACCCAGAGCAGGUGAUGCAUCCAGUGAGGGAAUGUAAAGAAGAGUGUGAAAGAGCAUGGGAGUUACAGAGAAAAUCAGAGUAGGAAGAGGACAGUGGAGGAAGUUGCAUGAGGAGAAGUUGGGCAAAAGGAGUGAAGCAGUUUUUGUCCAAAAAAAGGCAAUGGGAGAGCAAGGAAUGAGUGCCUCAGCUGAAGUGGUGUUGCUGUGGUGACAUUUGACAUAACACCUGCUUGUUUCAGAGGGCGACACUCCAGGGAUAACUGUGAGCCAGUGCCAAGAGCCAGCAUUUCUCACUCCCCUCUCGCCCGCCUCCGCCCCCUGCCACACACCCCGAUAUAGAAUGACAGCACAUUGCCACAAUUUAAAUGACACUGCCUCUACCCCCUCGGAAGGACAGGUCCUCCAGAGAACACCAGCCACAGCAGCUGUCCACUCUCCCAAAUAAAAUCUUCAUCAUGGCUUAUAAAGCAGCACAUUUGGCCUUUAAGUCGCGCUGGCACAAGACGGACGAAGAACUCUGUCGGCACAGCAUGUCCUUUGUCUUGCACAAGGCAAUCCAAAACGACUUCUUCAAGUGUUACCUUUAUCUGCUGGAAAAGCUUCCCCUGGUGAAACUUUACGCUCUGACAAGUCAAGUCAUCAACGGGGAGAUGCAGUUCUACGCCAGGGCCAAACACUUCUACCGCCACACCCGAUUUAAAUGGCACCGUGUGUCACGUUCGAUUUGCAGAGGUCACCGCUGUCAUUGGGGGGUGGGGAAAGCUGGCACCAGCCGCGCCCUGGACUGUGGCUCUGGGAUCGGUCGGAUCAGCAAGCACGUCCUGCUGCCGGUUUUCCAGAGUGUGGAGCUGGUGGAUAUGAUGGAGAAUUUCCUGGCUGAGGUCCCCAACUACCUGCAGGGCAAGGAGGACAGAGUUGAAAUGUAUUACUGCAAAAGCCUCCAGGAAUUCACGCCGGCCCCGCGAAGAUACGAUGUCAUCUGGAUUCAGUGGGUUUCAGGAUAUCUGACAGACAAAGAUCUCCUGGAGUUUCUCAUCCGCUGCCAGGAUGGCUUGAAGGACAACGGUGUCAUCAUCCUGAAGGACAAUGUGGCCAGGGAGGGCUGCACCCUGGAUUGCCUGGACAGCAGCGUGAUCCGAGACCUGAACAUCCUGCACAGCCUCAUCGAAAUGAGCGGACUCACCAUCCUGCGGGAGGAGAGGCAGGAGGGCUUCCCUGAGCAGUGUGUCCCUGUCUGGAUGUUGGCCAUGCAGAAAGGCCCUGGCCACUCCUGACUGCCCAGGGAGACUGGACUAUGGAUAAACCAUGGGACUAGGAAGGAGAAAAGCACCUCCUGGAAUCCUCCUAACCGUGCCCUGCUCCAGGGCAGCAACUCCUAAAGGGUCGGGAGAGAGUGACAAAGCUUCUCCCAGGAACAGUCUGCUUCUAAAUCCUACCUGCUGCGUCAUUCUUUCCAUUUUUAAAAGCUUUCCUAAACUCCUUGUCAGAUCUCUCUUCCAUUAAGAAGUCAAUAAUGUACAAAAUUCAUCUAAUAGAAAAUAAGUAGAUCUGAAGUUUCUGUAUUAAAAAGUGUUAACUCAUUUUGGGGUGUUCUGUAUGAGGUAUUAACAAGCCUGGUUUUUACUAUGGCACUUAAGUCUUCUUGGAAUUUAAGAAGGAUCUGUCAGAUCACUGAAACAGGAAAUUCAAGUAACUUCUGGAAAACUUCACCCAAAUUUUGACUGUCCUCUCUACCUGUAC